UCUCAUUCUCAUUUCUCAUUCUCAUUCUCAAUUUCAUUUAUUUUUAGCUACUGUAUUUCAAUUGAGAUAUGCUCAUUGCUCACCUACAAAGUAAACAUCUUCCCAGCUAGCUUAAUAAACGAAAAUACCGUUCUCAUCCAGCCAACAUUGCAUGAAAAAAAGGGUCAAAAUCAUUGGUUCAACACUUAUACACUUUCACCGCUUUAACAUUUCUGGUUAAGUCGCUAAGUCACUUACUUCACUUCACGUAUCUGUUGGAAUGCCACUUGAGCACCCAAGAAAUAAAAUAUGGUCCCGGCAGGAUAACAUAAAUGGAAAAACAGGCGGACGUGGAAAUCCUAAUCCAUAUCGGCGCUCCGAGCAGAGCAGCUGACGAUGCUUGGUAUCGGUCACUUGCCUCUUCAUAUCUGAAUUUUCACCCGGCCUCCAGGACCAAUUUCGUUGACCGAACAUGCUCAACUGUGGAUGUGAACGACGAGCAGGGGCCCCAACCGGCAGCCCCUAUACCAGAUUUCAUCACGGGGACACAAUCGACUGAGCCAUUUGGUUCGUUUAAGUCACACCAAGCUUCCUUCAAUAGCGUCUUUGACAAUGCUGCCUCACCGCGCGUUCCUGCGAGACGCGUGCUUGAAAAUGAGCCUCCGAGUAUCAAUGGUGAAACCACUAUGCCGAUGGCAUCGUCGCCAUGGCAAACACCGUCCAGCGAAGUGCGAGAUUCGUUUGUAGGGAAUCCUAUUCACAUUUCUACCUUCACGUCGCCUACAAGAAUCCUAGAGCAUUAUCUUCAACGGUUUGAUUCGCCUUCACCAUCUGCCAAAAGUGCGUCUCAGCGGAGUGUUGGCUUGGACAUCCCUCGUAGUAGCUCUCAAACCCCAAUUCCUCCUCGUUCUGGGGAUAAUCCAAUACCCCUUUCAACUUCAUAUACGCCAUCAGUAAUACCCUGCACGCCCCCGUGCGAUCCUCAUUCCGGCCCACGAGAAUUAGUUAAGGCGAAGCCUGCAGAGGCGUACAACACGGCAUAUGCCCAUGACGAUGUUUCUAGUGACAACAUUGUGGAGGAGACCAUCCUGAUCCGAUCCUCAGACUUCUCAUCCACAACCCGAGCCGAUUCCGAGCCUCCACCCGCCAAGCGGCACCAGCCAGACCCUCUAGACAACAAUAACAACAACAAAGACCCCCGAGCCCUCUUAAGAGCCGCCAGCGACUUCGGCCCGAGAGCCCCCGCGUCUUCCGGGCAAAAGUCGUUCCUGACCGUCGCCUUCCUGAAAGACCACGGGUACGCAUACGAGAGCUUAGAACUCCGCGCGCCGGACCCUCCCGCUUCGAUGACGCAAGUCGAUCCGCAGACGUUCAUCACGCCAGGCCUCGAGAGCCUAGCACGGGACCUGGACAUCCCGAAGCGGUAUAAGCCCAAGGAGAGCAAACGCGACCUACGGCCUUCCGAGCGCGGGUAUUGGCUCGUAGACUGCUCGGCCUGGGAUCCCCAGCUCAAACGCGACGCCUGGGCCUACCUGGCAAAUUACGUCGGGACGGGCGUCGCGGGAUGGGGCGUCUGGUGUAGGAGGGACAGAGAAUUCCAGCGUCUCCGCGUCUACUGCUGGGGUUUAGUAACGGCACAUAUCUACUUGCUGUUAUACCUAGCCAGCCAGCGGAGGGUUCUGUAUACGGGUAGCUCAUGGGUUGAUAGCGAGGGUAUCCCAGUCGUCGUUAUGCAAACAAGAGAAUAGUGCUGAUACCUAAAGGACAGCUCAUAUAAUAGUAGGUACCUACCUACCUAUGCAUUGGGAAAAUCAAACGGGGGUUACAAGCAUUUACGGCAUUUUGUUCGGCGCAGAGGAUAGGAUCUUUAGUAAAGAAUUAGGA